ACUCAGUGAGCGACACAAGACUAUCAGCUGCAGACGAAAUACACUCUCUCCCUCUCUCUUUUCCCGACGAGCAAAAUAGCAAAAUGGAAGGCAAAGGAGCUUUGAAACAAGAAGAAGCCUUCAAGAACCUUCAAGCUUAUUAUGACAGCCAAGGCAAAAGCUUGAACAUCUCCGAACUGUUCUUGAACGAUCCCGAACGGUUUAACAAGUUCUCGCAAGUGCUUCCGACACCAGACGACGGGGAUGUCUUGGUGGAUUUCUCCAAGAACCGAUUGGACGAUGAGGCGUUCAAGCUUCUACUCGACUUGGCUCGAGCCAGACAGGUGGAACUGGCCCGGGAGGCCAUGUUUACUGGCCAGAAAAUCAAUUUCACCGAGGAUCGAGCCGUGCUUCAUGUGGCAUUGCGAAAUCGAUCCAAUGCCGAGAUCGUGGUGGAUGGCAAGGAUGUGAUGCCAGCCGUGAAUGCGGUUUUGGCCCAUAUGAAGGAGUUUUGUGAGGAGGUGAUCAGUGGAGCGUGGAAGGGAUUCACCGGAAAAGCGAUUACUGAUGUGGUCAACAUUGGCAUCGGUGGCUCGGAUUUGGGCCCUCUCAUGGUCACGGAGGCCUUGAAGCCUUUCCAAAUCGGCCCUAAUGUUCACUUCGUAUCCAAUGUGGAUGGCACUCAUAUGUUUGAGACCUUGAAGAAGCUGAAUCCGGAGACCGUGCUCUUUGUCAUUGCCUCCAAGACUUUCACCACCCAAGAAACCAUCAGCAAUGCCAACACGGCUAAACACUGGUUCUUGGAAAAGGCCAAAGACCCCUCUGCAGUGGCGAAACACUUUGUCGCUCUCUCGACCAACGCUCCAAAAGUCAAGGAUUUUGGCAUUGAUGAGAAAAACAUGUUCGAGUUUUGGGAUUGGGUGGGUGGACGCUACUCCUUGUGGUCAGCUAUUGGCAUGACCAUCGCCUUAAACAUUGGAUUCGACAACUUUGAGAAGCUUUUGAGUGGAGCACACCACAUGGACGUGCACUUCCGUACCGCUCCUCUUGAAAAGAAUAUCCCCGUGAUUAUGGCAUUACUGGGAGUGUGGUAUGGCAAUUUCUUUGGAGUUGAAACUCAAGCUCUCCUCCCUUAUGAUCAAUAUCUUCAUCGAUUCGCCGCCUACUUCCAACAAGGUGACAUGGAAUCCAACGGAAAGUAUGUGACGCGUUCUGGAGAGACGGUGGACUAUUCCACGGGUCCAAUUGUUUGGGGCGAACCUGGCACUAACGGCCAACAUGCGUUUUAUCAACUCAUUCAUCAAGGAACGAAGGUGAUUCCUUGCGAUUUCAUCGCUCCGGUCAAAACUCAUAACGACAUUCAAGAUGGUUUGCAUCACAAGCUCCUUCUGUGUAACUUCUUGGCCCAAACUGAGGCCUUGAUGAAAGGAAAGACCGUUCAAGAGGUGGAGAAAGAGCUCAAGGAUGCAGGAAAGGACCCUGAAGCCAUUGAGAAGAUCAAGCCUCACAAGGUAUUCGAAGGCAAUCGCCCCACAACUUCCAUCAUGGUGGAGAAGAUCACUCCCUUCACUUUGGGUUUGCUCAUUGCUAUGUAUGAGCACAAGAUCUUCACACAAGGUGUCAUCUGGAACAUCAACUCCUACGAUCAAUGGGGUGUUGAACUCGGAAAGCAAUUGGCUAAGGCUAUUGAACCCGAAUUGGCCGACAACGUUCCAGUCACCACUCACGAUGCGUCUACCAACGGAUUGAUCAACUUUAUCAAGACCAAGCGAUCGGCUUAAGUCUACAAUUCACCAAAUAUUUACUCGCCAAGACAUAGCUUUUGAGGCGUUUGCUUUAAAAAUGUAUUCGUUAUGGCGCUAGUUGUGUAAAUUCUCCCCCCCCAAAUCGGCUAAUAUUAUUUUAUGAACAGCCAUGAAUUCAUGGCUGAAACUAAUCUUUUCGUGAAUAAAAGCCACUUGUUAUGGUAAGAAA